UUCUCAAUUUUUUGUUUUCUCAUGCUGUCCAUUGGCUAUGAAUUAAUACGAUUUCACAAUAAUUUCUUAUAUACAUACAUGUGGGAUUGCAUAUUAAUCUGCUAAUGCAUACACAUCAAUCCCUAUACCUUGUAUAAACUUGUCAGAUGUAUGUUCGUGCAUCAUGUGGCCAACUCCUUCCAUAUGGAAUAGCGGCAAAAAUGACGAAGAUGAGAUGUAUGCUCGUGCAUGCAUUGUUUCUUAGUUUGUUGGGGAGAAUUAGGUUAUGAUUGAUGAAAAAUAGGCCGUCACCAGAUUAUAUUAUGAAGGUCAACUCUUUCAUGGAUGAGGUGGGAAUCACGAUGAGACAUGUCAUGCACGUUCUAGCUUCUAUACAUUUUCCCUUCUUCAUCCUUUAAAUUGUUCAAUUCACCAUCUGAUCAUCAAGUCUCUCAGAAGUCAUGAUACUUCCAGCUUCAGAUUUAGUGCUUCCUUGUGUAGACAAUGCUCAGGAACCAGAUGAAAUUUACAAUAGAGCUACAGAUGUCUGCUUGACUGCUGAAAAUCUCGAUGACACCGAGUUCUUGUACCUCGAGAAUCCGAAGAUGUUGGUCAAGAAGGCGAGUCUGCAGAAGGAGAAGCAGAUUUCAGUAGAUCCCAUAUCAUUGAGAGACUAUGUGAAUCCACGUUUAGUCUUGCCGCCAGUUGUUACAACCAGGAAACUUGAUGGUGCCUCUGUUCUGCCUCCCUUACUUCCUGCAAAACCGAAGUUCUUAAGCACCAGCCUUCCGGGUUCUGCCACUUCAUCGCCUCGGUUUGGCUCGGGUACGUUGAAGAAGAAAUGGAAGAACAGCAGCCAAGUAUCUUCUCUCUCGAUCAAUCCUCUGUUCCGGCAACAUUCUGGGUCCCUCUAUCAUCUUGCUCAGCUCCCGGAGAGUGACUUUCGAAGGUGCAAGUCUCAUGGUGAAGGGAGAGCCAGCGCCCCGUCUGAUGAGUUUGAUAUGUGGCUGACUAAAGUGAAUGGUACCGGACAUGAUGAGGACCGGCAUUGCAGCAGUAUGUGCAGAACUGAAGUUAAAACGGAUGGACCCAAGCGUGGUGAGGACAUGGAUUGUAACGAAGAGAAGUUCAAAUGUGGAGCUCUAUGCUUGUUCCUGCCAGGCUUUGGUAAGGGAAAACCAGUGAGAGCAAGAAAAGAGGGUGCUGAAAUGGCGCAUGUGAUCUCCCGGACAGUUUCACUCGAAAAAUUCGAAUGUGGAUCGUGGACAUCAUCGGCCAUAAUGAACGGUCACAACGAAGAUGACAGAGAUUCCAUGAAUCACUACUUUGAUCUGCCAUUGGAGCUGAUCAGAAGUGGUGUCAAUGAAGCGCAUUCGCCAGUGAGAACAGCAUUUGUGUUCGAUAAGGAUCUGAAAGGAGUUCUCAAGAAAGGUAGGUCAAGAGCAACGCCGAGAAAGUCCCACGAAUCGCCUCGCCGUGUUCGUUUUUCUACUUCAUCGCCCGCGUCUCACCCUGCCUCGCCGGCUGCUUGCAUUACACCACGCCUGCGCAAGGCAAGGGAUGAUUUUAAUGCCUUCUUAGAAGCACAGGGUGCAUAACAGUUUUCACAUUUUACACAAGUGUCCUCUUAAAUUUUGAUCAACUUUAUUUCCAGAUAAUAAAUUUAAGAACACACUCAAUUAAAUGAGUUCCAAAGUUGUUUCUUGUUUUUGUUUUAAUCCUUUGGGAACAUAAAACCAUUUUGGAAAAUAUAAACUAAGCAGUCCCUGUGUUUUUGUGUGCAUUGUACUGCUUUCUUUUGUCUUUAUGAAAGAAAGAAUGGGCCCAAAUUCGUAAGAUU